AUGCCACGGAAAAAAGCUGUAGGCACAUCCGGCGCCACCAGGCGAAGGGUCUGGUGGCGUUUGAGACAGGAAUGGAGGAUGUUGGGGGUGUUUGAGAUCAACCCAGAGCACGAGUUCUAUCAUCUGACAUGCGUAAUUAAAGAAGGCAUGCAGGCUGUAAUCCAGCCCUCUAUGGACACACCACCUGAGGUAAACGAUAAACUUACAGAGGAGCAUUUCAAGGCAGUGGAAACUCAAAACCACGAGGGCUUUGAGAUACAGACGUUUGCAGCACCAGUGUUUGCUAAACUGAGGCAUUCACUGGACAUCACAGAGGAGGAAUACCUGAACUCCCUCUGCUUGGGUGGCUACUACCUCCAGUUUGUCAGCAACUCUAAAAGCAAGGCAGAUUUCUUUGUCACGAAUGACAAGUGGUUCUUCCUAAAGACCCAGAGCAAAAGGGAGGUCAGGUUUCUCCUGUCCAAUCUGCAGGCAUACAUGGACCACCUGGAGAAAUACCCUCACUCACUGAUGGUGAGAUUUCUAGGCGUCUUCAGGAUUGUUAUUCCAAAUCAAAUAAAGAAGUACUUCAUCGUGAUGCAGAGUGUGUUUUACCCUGAUGAGAGGAUCAAUAUCAGAUACGACAUUAAAGGCUGUGAAGUGGGUAGACGGACUAACCCUGACACCGGGGGAAAACAAAUGCUAAAAGUGCUGAAGGACAAUAACUUUGAAGGGCAGUCCAUUGCAUUAGGUCAAGACAAACCCUGGUUUGCUGAUCAAGUGAAAGUGGACGCUGCCUUUCUUCAGGAGCUCAAUGUGCUGGACUACAGUCUCCUGCUGGCCCACCAACCUCUGCACGAAGACGAGCGCGAAGGAAAACACUCUUUGGCAAAUCUGGUUGUUCGUGCCACAAAGUAGGUUUCAAAUGCGCAGGAUUUUCACGAGCAUCAUCACAGGCUUCUGCCCAAUUGCAAAAAUGCCAUUCAUGUGAUUGAUGGGCCGGACCGACGCUACUUUGUGGGCAUCAUUGACAUUUUUACUGUCUACAACUGGAAGAAAAAACUGGAGAACCUGUGGAAAAGCCUCCGUUACCCAGGAAGAGCCUAUUCCACAGUGAGACCAACAAAGUACUCACGCAGAUUCUGUCAGUGGAUGCAGGAACACACUCAAUGA